GGGGCCGCGGGGCGCGGCCGAGCGGUGGGGAGCGGCGCGGGAGGCGGAGGCGCCGCCCGGGCCCAUGGAGCUGGAGAACAUCGUCGCCAACACCGUCCUCCUCAAGGCCCGCGAAGGUGGUGGUGGAAACCGGAAGGGAAAGAGCAAGAAAUGGCGCCAGAUGCUGCAGUUCCCCCACAUCAGCCUCUGUGAGGAUCUGCGACAAAGCCUCGAGAGGGACUACCACAGCCUGUGUGAGAAGCAGCCCAUUGGACAUGAGCUCUUUCGGCAGUUCUGCGAGACACGACCCGAGCUGUCACGCUGUGUAAAGUUCCUGGAUGCUGUGGCAGGGUACGAAGUGGCUCCAGAUGAGAAGCGGAAGGAAUGCGGGCAGCACCUGAUUGAAAAGUACUUGAAGCCAAAUAGUGAGGACCAUGUCCCUGAAGUUCCCUUGCAUCUGGUGGAUGCCUGUUGUGAGAGGCUGGAGCAGGAACCUUCCAAGGAGCUCUUUAAGGAAUCCACUAAGCUUAUCCAUGACUACCUGAGCGUGGCUCCCUUUGCUGACUACCUCGACAGUUUGUACUUCAACCGCUUCCUGCAGUGGAAAUGGCUGGAACGGCAGCCUGUGACCAAAAACACUUUCCGCCAGUACCGAGUGCUGGGCAAGGGCGGUUUUGGGGAGGUUUGUGCCUGCCAAGUGCGUGCCACAGGGAAGAUGUAUGCCUGCAAGAAGCUGGAGAAGAAACGGAUCAAAAAGCGGAAGGGAGAGGCCAUGGCCCUGAAUGAAAAACAGAUCCUGGAAAAAGUGAACAGUAGGUUUGUAGUGAGCUUAGCCUAUGCAUAUGAAACUAAAGAUGCUCUCUGCCUAGUGCUGACCCUCAUGAAUGGAGGGGACCUCAAGUUCCAUAUCUACCACAUGGGAGAGGCUGGCUUUGAGGAGCCCCGAGCAGCUUUCUAUGCUGCUGAGAUCUGCUGUGGCCUUGAGGACUUGCACCAGGAGAGGAUAGUGUACAGGGACCUGAAGCCAGAGAACAUAUUGCUGGAUGACCAUGGUCACAUCCGUAUCUCAGACCUGGGAUUAGCUGUGCAUGUGCCAGAGGGCCAAACAAUCAAGGGCCGAGUGGGAACAGUUGGCUACAUGGCUCCAGAGGUGGUGAAGAACGAACGCUACACGUUCAGCCCCGACUGGUGGGCUCUGGGCUGCCUGGUGUAUGAGAUGAUCGAGGGGCAGUCCCCCUUCCAGCAGCGCAAGAAGAAAAUCAAGCGGGAGGAGGUGGAGCGGUUGGUGAAGGAAGUGCAGGAGGAGUACUCAGAGAAGUUCUCGCCCUGUGCCCGCUCCCUCUGCACCAUGCUGCUGUGCAAAGACCCUUUGGAACGCCUGGGGUGCCGAGGAGCUGGGGCCAAAGAAGUGAAGGAGCACCCUCUCUUCAAGCACCUCAACUUCAGGAGGCUGGAAGCAGGCAUGCUGGACCCCCCAUUCAAGCCAGAUCCACAGGCCAUCUACUGCAAGGAUGUUUUGGAUAUCGAACAGUUCUCAACAGUGAAAGGGGUGGAGCUGGAGCCCACAGACAAUGAUUUCUACCAGAAGUUUGCCACGGGAAGUGUGUCCAUUCCUUGGCAGAAUGAGAUGAUUGAGACAGAAUGUUUUAAGGAGCUGAAUGUCUUUAGCACAGACGGCACAGUGCCACCAGACCUAGACUGGAAAGGGCAGCCUUCUCCACAGCCCAAAAAGGGGUUACUCCAGCGUUUAUUCAGCAGACAGAGGUGAGCAGUCUCUCCUGGCUGCUCUGCUCAGGGAAAUACCCGGUGGCCCGCGGACAUGGCAAGAUCUGGGAAAGAGGAUUGUUGUCCUUCAGUGCCUAUCCCCUUCCCCCAGCAGAGCACAAGCUGCUUGGUGUUCUAACUGCCCCCUGAGCCACUAAUCCUGCUUCCCUGCUCGCUGCCUUCGUGAGAGAGGCCUUGCCCUUAGCUUGAGCCAAAGCUGCCCCUGCACUGCUGCUGCUGGGAGCUCUGCUCCCAGGGAGCUGUGCAAAGUUCCUUUCAUCCCUCUCUUUGGAUGUCCAGGACACACAAAAGGGUUGAGAAAUUGUGAAGGGUUUGGCAUUUCCCAGAGCUCAGGCUCCCUGCCAUUCCAUCAAAAAAGGGCUUCAGCAGCUUCUGUGGCUGUCUGAGCCCUGAGUGGAGCCCAUCUUCAUCCCAGCUUCUGGGCUAGUCAGCUGCGUGCUCACCAGUCUCUCUGCCAGGAGCUGAACCCCAAGAUGCAUCUUGACAUGCAGGCUUGGGGGGGGCUGGUCCUUCCCUGCCAAAAGGCAGCUGUAGGCUGGGUUGUGUGACUGUGCUCACCCUCUGCUUGCUUUGCUCCUCUCUCUCCCUCUUCCCUCUCCUUGCCCUUCUGACUUCAGGACUGUUGUGGAAACUGCAGUGACAGUGAGGAAGAGCCCACCCGGCUGUAGAACACAGCUUGUUCUCCAGCCCCCAGGACUCCCUUGCCUCUCCGGGUGCCCAGCAGAACAACAGCCCAGCCUGAAGGACAAGGUAGCAGCAGCCCCACAAGGUGGAUUUGUUUACAGCUUUACAUGUCUGUAUUGGAAGACUGUGAGGAUGGCUCUAGGGCUGGUGGCAACACACAGCUUGGGCCAAAGUGCCUCUGGCUAGGGACAAGCACUCAUCCCCAAGACAGACCUGGACACUUCUGAAUCUGCAGUUUGGGGUUGUGCUAUGUCCUCUGCCAGCUGCCUCUCCCUUCCCAUGCCCAGGGUGGAAGAGAGGGAUUAUGCCAGCUGGAGGCCAGGCUGGAGCAGCUCUGCUGACACAUUCCAAGGUGCUGAAGUGGCACUGCAGGUUUGGUGUAUAUUUAUAUGUCGUUCUGUACAUAUCACAUGUUGGUUUUUAAUCUAUAGGUGGAGGGCUGCACUGCCCCCACCCUGUCACAGGCACAAAUGUCCUCCUAUGGGGGGAAUAACGGUCCCAGCUUUGUACCAGGGAGUCCUGGGCAGAGGUCUUCUGUGCCUUGAGGUGUCUAAAGCAUCUUUCCUGGACCUUUCUGGCUGUGCUGAGGCAUCCCUGGCUCCAGCGGAGUCCAUUGCUCAGCCCUGAGGCACAGGAAAGCACUGUGCCAAAUUGUCUGCCAUGGCAUCCUGGCAGCAGAGCAUCACUUCUUCAUCCCUGCUUCUCUGUCUGCUGAAGCUUGUUUCCUCCUGCCUCGUCUCACACCUACUGCCAGCUCCAGGGAGCUGAUCCUGGCCCCCUCUCCAGACCAACAGCAGGCUGCCUGCAGCACAGCAGGACACAGCUGCUCCCAUGGCACCUGCCCAGGAGGUACCCGCUGCUGGGGCUGAAGGGUCAGUCUGAUCCCUGGUGUGGUGCAGGAUGACUCCAACAUGGUCUCACCACUUCUGGAUCAGCAGUCUGUGUGUGCUGGGAGGGCUGCAGACCCCAAGCCCAGCUCAGGACAUGUAAAGGAGCUGCUCUUGAGAGCAAAGCCAUGGUAAAGGGAAUGUCCCUUCCUGGGGUCGUGCCGUGAGCCAUGACCCAAGAGUCAGCAGGGCUGGGAUCAGCCUGGCCUCUGUACUGGCUUAGUGUGCAUUUCCAGGGAUCCUGGGGAGCCAGUGCAGCUCCUGUGCCCAAGGGGCCAGAGCCUGCCUGUCCCUGGGGAGCAGUGUGGGGCUCAGCCCACCUCCGUCCUGCUUGUCCUGUCCUCCCUUGUGCACACUUGUCCCAGCUGUGUCCCAAGCAAUAACUUGUGUCUUCUGUAUGUGUGUAUGCACACACGUGCGUGCACGUGUGUGUGCUGCUGCCUUGUGCUCAUUCUGAGCCAGGCCCCCCGGGGGGGCUGAGCACCUACUUGGACCUGUGGUAUCAUAUUUGCUUGCGUUGCACUAAAGUUGGAGAAUAUUUAAAUUUUUAAC